GCAAUCCUAACGAAGGCUAAUUCCGACAUUUCCAAGACAAAUAUAAUUCUAUAUACGUAGGCAACUCUGGACCGUUGGAUGGUAUCAGCUACUACUCCAUUCGGAAUCGCUGUUGACAUCUUUGAGCUUUGUUGAGCCGUGAAAGAGAGAAGCCCUCCGUCCGUCUUUCCAAGAUCUCAAUCACACACCAGCGACCCCAAAAAUUUGUUAUCCUAUUACACAUAAGUAGAAGGCAUGGCGGGGCAUAAUGAUUCAGUUGCAGCAGAGAAGAAAUCUAGUGAGGCUACAAAUGAUAUACCAACCUUCAAUGCUGAGAAUCUGCAAAGUAACAUGAAAAUUAUUUAUUACAGCCGGACUUUUCUGUCUAUCAUUGGUGGUGUGAUUGCUGGAAUUUUGGGAUUCACCAGCUUGACUGGGUUCAUCUUUUAUUUCCUUGUCAUGGCAAUCACUUCAGUUGGGCUAGUAGCAAAGGCAGGGUUUUCAAUUCAUUCGUACUUCAAUAGCUGGAACCAAGUUAUACUUGAUGGAUUUUUUGGUGGGCUUAUGUCAUUCGUGCUAUUCUGGACAUUUGCCUAUGACAUGGUGCACAUAUUCUGAUGGAUUUAUGGCUACGUGUUGAAUGGAAGGAAAGCUGUGAUGCUGCUCGCUGUGAUGUAUGUACAUUCCUCUGGGAUUUGGAAAUAGCUUGGGCUAUACUAUUAUGUGGUUUACUUUUGUCUACCCUCUCUUUCAUUUCUCCUUUAUAGUUUUCCAUAAAUACCAUUUGGCUUGGAGGGAAAUUUUGUAUGAAAGCCUGCUUUUGCAGGUUGGAGGCAACUUUUUUUCAUAGCUUAAUAUAACUUGAGACAAGAGCACUUUAAGGUUUGACGUCGCUUGAA